UCCAACUACUGGGACUUAUGGCAGGUCAACAGGGGGAACCAACUACAAAAACAUUGUUCUUUCUGGUCGGAUUGUCACAGGAAGCAGCCCUUUCACCAGCCUCACAUGGCGUAGUGCCGCAGUUGCUGGCACUAUAUACGGAGGCCGUGCUUAUAUCCAGAAGCAUCCUCAUGAGAGAAAGUUGCCUCCUAUCUGCACCAAUAGUAAAGAGAAGAGCCCAGAAGGAAGAGCCUAUGGUUACUUUAUCUGCCCCCGGGAGCAUGAACCGGAUGAUUACGUGUAUUGUUGCGGUGCUGAGUACAGAGAGUACUGUUGUAACAAGACCACGGCACAGAUCUUUUUCUCGUAC